AUGAUUGAAACGUUUGCAACAAGUGGCACUCAGGAAUUGCUGCACCAGCUAAAUGCAUUACUGGAACAGGAGUUAAGAUGUCAGCCAAAGAUCUCUGGCCUGAGAAUAAUUGAAUCUGCUCAUGAUAACGGGCUCCGGAUGACGGCAAGGUUGAGAGACUUCGAAGUAAAAGACCUGCUUAGCUUAAUUCAGUUCUUUGGCUUUGGCACAGAGACGUUUUCUCUCACUGUGAAUUAUUUGGACAGGUUUUUAUCAAUAAUGAAGGUACAGCCAAAACACUUGGGUUGUGUUGGGCUAAGUUGUUUCUACCUGGCUGUGAAAGCAACACAAGUUGAGAGAAAUGUUCCAUUAGCCACUGAUUUAAUCCGAAUUAGUCAAUACCGGUUCACAGUGUCUGACCUCAUGAGAAUGGAGGAGAUUCUUCUAGAGAAGCUUUGUAGAAAAGUGAAAGCAACAACUGCCUUCCAGUUUCUACAACUUUAUCAUUCAAUCCUGUAUGACAGUCUGAGCAGUGAAAGAAAAAGACAUCUUAAUUUGGAAAGACUUGAAGCCCAGCUUAAGGCAUGUCACUGCAGAAUUGUUCUUUCUAAAGCAAAGCCAUCAGUGUUGGCUUUCUCAAUAAUGGCCCUGGAAGCUGAAGAUGAAAAGCUGCUGGAGUUGGUGGAAACCAUAGAAUAUCUCCGAAUACAUUCCAAGAUAAAUGGCAGAGAACUCUCCUUCUGGAAGGAACUUGUGUCAAAGUGCCUCUCAGAGUAUUCCUCAAGCAAGUGUUCCAAACCAAAUGUUCAGAAGCUAAAAUGGAUUGUGUCCGGUCGAACUGCACGGCAGCUUAAGCACAGUUACUACCGAAUUACCCACCUUCCCACUAUCCCAGAAAUGGCUGCCUAAAAGGCUAGAGACAAUCCAGAAAGGAGGAUGGGGCACUUGACUCAUCACAUGUGUGCAAUCUUAAGGGCUGGGAUCUAUUUUGUAUUAAAGCAGAGAAUCUAUCGGAUCCUACUGAAAGCCAAAUUCCAUGAGUGGCUAAACAGUGUUCACUUGUUGACUGCUUCUGAGCUAUAGGACUAUACAGCAUGUUGCAGUAUGACUGUUUUUAUCCCUCUUUGGAUUUCUAACAAGAAAACUGAAGAUGUACCUACAGAAUGAUGCCUGGGCCUCAAACAUAGGAAGAUGGCAGCUAAUCAAGUGUGGUGUUCUUACUAUGGGAAAACUGAAAUGCAUACUGCCAGUAGUCUUUGGUCCCAAACAUUUCUACUAAAUGCAGCAUCUCCUGGACUAAACACUGGCUGAAAAUAAACAAGCACAAUCAGGACAGGCUGACAAGCCUAUGUACAUUUGGACUAGUGGAAUGGUAAACCAUUGCAUAACACAUCACUACAGUCUCACAGUAGUAGAAAAGAAUGUUUUAAAGCAAGAACGGGAUUAUUUAAUAAAUGUUCACCUUAAUCCAGAAUUCUAUAAAUGCCAUGAUGCACUUUACAAAUAUGGAACUGUAUUAAAUGUCUGUGCCAGCCCUGGAUCAUAUGGCGAUUGCAAGUGCUGGAGUCAAAUGAUAAGUCUGCAAUAUCUCUAACUCACAUUAAGGCAUUCUUUAUAUAAAUGUGACAAGCACUGGUACAGUACAAACUCUAGCAAAGUAUGAAUGCUAUUUUUGUGGAUUUCCUUAAACUAUUUUGAAGAGUUAGGUAUUAGACGAUGUUUACUGUGAAACUUAAGCUGUCGUUACGAAUGUAGGUCAAACACCAGCUGAAAAUGUUGGCCAUACCUAAAAAUAGUAAUACAGACUAAAGUGAGACACUAUAGCUUGAAAGCAGACUGAAUUAAUUAGAAUUUGGGUUCCACUGAAAUCAAGUCAUGACUUCAAUCCCCCUGCUUUCAAUGGGAACCAAGUUAAACUAAUUUGGUCUGAAUUCAACCCUUUACUUCUGUCUCGUUAAAGCUUUUCUAAUGCCUUUGCAGUCGAGAGUGUUAAGUAAUCCUAUGUACUUGCCUUGAGCGCAUCUUGAUGAACAUGGUGAUGGCUUUUGGAUAGCACAAACACUUCAUGUCUAACAUGUGAUAGAGCAUUGGAUUAAAUUGACUUCAGAAUAUUGAGUUUGGUGCUACACCUCACUGAAACAGUCUUAACUAGCUUGCAGGUUGUUGGGAUAAUUUUUUUAGCUGGAAAACGUUGAUUUUCAUAUAAAGUUGAUAGUGUAAUGUGGCCACAAACAUUCUCUCAGAAAAGUUCUCUUGAUAUCA